UAUGAAUUCCUAUAUGGGAAUCUUAUAUAAAUCCAUACCCUAUAUUAGUUUUAAUGGAUUCUUAUAUAAAUACAUACUUUUUCCACAUGGAUUCCUAUGGGUUCCCAUGCAAUCUUACACGGAUUUUUUAAUAGAGUAGUGUUUUAUCAAGUUUUAAAAGAGAGCUAAAAAUUUAGUAUUUUAAAAAAUUAUUAUUUCCGUCUCGGAGAGUAAUUGUUUUUGAAUUCCUAUUUACUGUAUGAAUGCAACAAGGAUAGUUACAUUAAUUUCUCUGAGUAUGGGAGGUAUGGGGAAAAGAAAAGACAUUUCACCUCAAAUUUAACAAAACGACAGUUCCCGCGUAGUGAUUUAAACGAGUACUUUCUGAAAAAUAACGCACUCUACCGAUGGAAGAUUGGGCUCACAAAAAAUCUAACCCAUUUUUUUUUAUUACUGCGUUCAGGCUUCUUGCAUCUAAACUUUGAAAUAAACAUCAACGGAAAAAUAUUUAGGUUCAAUUAUGACAAAUAAUCCAGAUCAUAUUUUAUUAUUUUGUGGAAAAAGAAAAUCAGGGAAAGAUUAUAUUACUGAUAAUUUGCAGAAAAGGCUUGGUUCUGAAAAAAGUAUUAUCAUUAAACUUUCGGGUCCCAUAAAAAGUCAUUGGGCAAAGUCAUUCAAUUUAGACAUGAAUCAAUUACUUAGUGACGGAGAGUAUAAAGAAAAGUAUAGACUCGAAAUGAUAAAAUGGGGCGAAGAUAAAAGACGUGAAGAUAACGGUUAUUUUUGUAAAGCAGCUAUUGAAAUGUAUAAUGCACCAAGUAAAAAAAUCUGGAUAAUCAGCGACGUUAGACGUAAAACGGACAUUAAAUGGUUCAAAGAAGUAUAUGGAGAACUUUGUAAAACUAUCCGAAUCAAAUGUAAUGACGACAUAAGAUCUCAGCGAGGGUGGAAAUUUACACCAGGCAUUGACGAUUGCGAAACUGAAUGCGAUUUAGAUGAUGUAAAUGACUGGGAUUUAGAAAUAAUUAAUGAGCGUGGUGACUUGGAUGAUAUUAUAGCAAAUAUUAUCCGAAUUAUUAAUUAAGUAUACAUUUUAAUUUUUUAAAAUUUCUAAUUUUUAUAUUAAUAAAUUUUAUAGUUUUGACAAAGUUGCGUAAAGAUUUUUUCAACGUGCCCUAAAAAAGACAAUAUCUAAUUUCUUGUCACGAAAUAGUAUAUUGUGUGACUAGGGAUGAAACAAAACGAUUUCAGACCAAGGUGAAGUCGGCUGAAAUAAUCCGUAGUCUGUUUUUCAUCUUUUGUCCCAAAUUCAUUAUAUUUUUCAAUUAAAGCUAGUACUUGCGGAUGGAUACUGAAUUUAAUUUUCUUCAUAUGUAAUUAAAUUUUUUUUUAUUGCGAAUAUUUAAAGCUCAAUACCUUUUUACCUAUUAGGAUUACGAAAAAACUAAUUAACUACUUUUUUGUAGAGAAUUAAAUUUCCUACAAGACUGAUUGAUGGAAAAUACAGAAAAAAAUUUUUCUUUCUUUGGCAUUGACUGAAUAAAAAAAAUGAUAAAUUCACUUGUAAUUUUUAAUUUUAAGGCUCAAAAAUUUAUUUUAAGGCAAAAAAGUCAAUCAAAAGAUAGUAAAAUUGUCGUUUAAAUUUAUUUGAUAGUCAAUGUACAUUUAUAUCAGUUAAGACGUGAUUUACUAUCUUUUGAAUUUGAGCGAAAAAUUUGAUGGCGGUCAUCGACUUUUGCAAUUUUGGAAAUUUCAAAAUUUUCCCAAAAAGCGAUUUUUUGAAAAUUUUUUUCAAAAAAAUUUUUUUUUGGUACCUUUAAGUAUCCUCUUUAAAACCUAGCUCAGAUCAUUAGAGUAAUUGUAAUACAUUUCGAGAUCUUGGAAGAAUAAGUUUAAGAAACAGGAAAAUUAGUGAAAUUUUCAAAAUUGCAUAACUUUUGAAAAAAUUUUUUUAAUUUUUUUUCCCUUGGCAGAACUUCGUUAUAUGAUGAGAGAAAACUUCUGACCAAAAUUCGUCCAAAUCGAAAGGGGUCGAUUCCAAUUAUUGGUCGAUUUGACAUGGAAUGACCCUUCUUGAAGAAUUAAGAUAUCAAGCUGCGCUUUGGAGGAAAUUUUCUUUAUACCUUAGAGGUUUUUGGAAUGAUAGCCAAAAAACUUUUUUUUUUGGACCACUCUAGUGAUCAUCUAUUAGCGCAAACGUAAAUUGUGAUUUGCAACUUAUAAUUAAGCAGAAACUAUAAAUACUAAUUAUUAUUCACCCUUAUUUUUAUAAAACCUAAUCACCAAGUCAAAACUGUCAUCUACGUAAAUAAAAUUAAAGGUCUGAGAUUAUUAUUAACUAAAUGACAAGUAUCAGAAUUUAAAUUACGAAUGCCUUCAGUUAACGGACAGAAACAUUAUUCGCACAGAGGCAAAAAUUUAAACUUUCACAUACAGAUCUGGUGAAAAAUAAGUAAUUAUUACAGUUCUACAUAAGACUUUUUUCAGUCUUUAAUAACGCUUUAUGCAUAGUAAAGUUUCGUUCAACAAAAAAUACAUUAGAAGCUAUAAAAUUUGGUAUCUAUAUUUGUAAUUACUUUAUAACAAGAAGUUGUCUCCAUUAUUACAGUGCAAAGUAUAAUACAGUAGAAACUCUGUAAGUCGAACCUCGAUAAGUCGAAAACCUCCUAAACUCGAAGAAAUGUUUCAUCCCCUUCCCUCCAAGCCCCAAAACCUCCGUUGCUCGAAACUUUUACCCUCUAUAAGUCGAAAUAAUUAGUGAGUCCCUACAAGCUAUUUCUGUACAUUUUUACCCUCCAUAACUCGAAUACACUUGGACCUCUUUAUCUCGAAUUUAAAAUUAUUACCGUAAGUAUCUUAUUAGGAUUACCAGCUCUACAAAAUGGUAAUGGAAUUUAUAGCUGACGUCAGGUUUUCUGUUGGCGAUUGUAAAAUUAUCAUACCUUUAGACUUAGUUAGGAUUCACUGCAACACACAUCAAUUUCGACAGCUCCUGCUGCCUAACUCGAAAUCUCUAUAACUCGAAUUUUUUUGUCUCUCCCUUGGAGUUCGAGUUAUAGAGGUUCUAUUGUACUUGAAGUUUUUUAUACGAGGGUCCUGUUUUUGUACUAAAAACUGUAAUUUUUCCACUGAUAUUUUUUCCGUGGUGUGUAAUAUACUCGUUCGCAGCUUGAUUCGACAGGCUGUAUCAAGGUAUCAUUAAAAAAAUAUUUUUAAUAAUACCUUCGAACUCCAACUUGAUAAUUUUUUCGAUCUUUUUAUUGCCCAAAAAAACAAUCCGAAUAUACAGAGUAAGGAUUAAUAAAAAAUCGAGCAAAUGGUUUUAAUAUAAUACACAAUGUUUGAUAAGUUUAUUUUUAUAUUAUAACUUUUUUCAAUAACUCAAUAUAUAUAUAUAUAUUAUUCGAAUCUAAAGUAACAGACUCUAAAUAAGAAGUUGAAUUGUAUAAACGUACUGAUUAAUAUCACAGUUAGAAUAACUUAUGGUUAUUAUUUUUGUAUUAUAAAUGGCCUUAUAAACUUCGACUUAAUGGCCAAAUAAAUGAUAAAUAAAUAAAUAUUUUAUAAAGAAAAU